AUGAGGCCCAAUGGUGAGCCCCUCCCGACAACACCAACCCUGAAUAACGCUGCCAGCGACACAGAGUCGCUUGGCACUGCCUUCGUUUGCAGUUUUAAUGGCUGCACGGCCCGGCCAUUUGGGACGCAAGCCCUUCUCGACUCCCACGCUGUUGUACAUUCGUCCACGCGUCCAUUUCACUGUUCGGUCAAGGAUUGCUCGCGGAGCUUCAAGCGUAAAAUCGAUCUGACCAAGCAUGGUUGGGUUCACAACUCAUCGGGUUACUCUUGCCCGUUCUGCACUGACAAAAAGCGUGAAUUUUAUCGACCGGACAAUUUGAAUGACUCGGCACGCAGGCAUCUCAGUAGUCAUCACCCCGACAAAGGCAAAGACGAUACGACGCUUCUGCAGGUGUUACCGUGGCGACGCGGUCGCGUUCAGAAAGCGGUGGGUGACCCCUCAAUAUCCUCUGAUGUCCUACCGACUCAGACCGGGCCCUUCGGUCUGUCGGUCUGGGUUCAUCGUGGCCUCCGGUCUGUCGGUCUGGAUCCGUCUGGCUUCAGCAGCCCGGUCGGUCUAGGUCUGACAGUCUGA